GAUAUCUUUCACCGCCGAAGCUUCGGGGAGCGGAUAUCACCAGCCGCUGUUGCUCGCUCUCACAUUCGCUGGCGUUUAGAGUUAGUGCGUAAGAAGGCCGGUGUGGAUGUCCACGUCGUCUGUCCUGUUGAACUUGUCUUAGUUGUCCUCGAAUAUCUAGUUAUUGGAAAUCAGUAUUUUCAUGGAAAUUUGAAUAUAAAUCAGCAAGGACUAGCCUGGCAUAUGUCAGGGAAACUAAGCUUAGUAGAAUAGAGUUUUGAAUUUUGAUCGAGCUAUCAUCAAGGACAAAAUGAGAAAUCUUUUUUUAAAUCAGCGCCGCUGCAUUGAAAAAGAAGAGUUUUCUGAAUCAAGAUUCCUGAGCAUUGAUUUUGAUACAAGCAAAGUUUACACAGGGAGCAAUACUUCCUUUGGCUGCUUAGAUCCAACAACUAAAGAGGUAGAAUGGACAGUAGAUUUCAAGACGCACGGCUUUGACUAUGGGAGUGAUGGACAUGAUGUAGUAUCCAUACAGCACCUUCCUGGACUGCAGUCUCUGUGUAUUACAGUCACUAAUGGAGAUGUCCUUCUGUAUAAUACAGUUACUUCUGAGUUGGAAUGUGUAGGAAGUGUAGAGAAUGGUAUAUGCUGUAUGAGUUGGAGUCCAGAUCAGGAAUUGGUUGUACUAGCAACUGCUGCUAAUACCCUUUUACUAAUGACCAAGGAUUUUGAACCUAUCUUGGAAACUGCGCUUCAGCCAGAUGAGUUCGGACAACAGAAACCAAUAACUGUUGGAUGGGGCAAGAAAGAGACCCAGUUUCACGGGUCAGUGGGCAAGCAGGCAGCAACUCAGCAGGCUGAGAAUGUGAAACCUGCCCUCGCCUGGGAUGAUCAACGGGUCCGAAUUAGCUGGCGUGGUGACGGCGAGUGCUUUGUUGUCAGUUCCGUCAAUCCUUCUACAGGUGCAAGGCAACUUCGUGUUUGGAACAGAGAAUGCAUCCUGCAGUCAACGAGUGAGAAUGUUAAUGGCUUGGAGCAGGGCUUAGCAUGGAAGCCAUCGGGGAGCUUAAUAGCAUCUAGUCAGGUUCUCCCACAUCGACAUGACAUUGUUUUCUUUGAGAAGAAUGGGCUUAGACAUGGAGAGUUCACACUGCCCUUUAACAAGAAUCAAGUAAAGGUGAAUGAGAUCCUUUGGAACACAGAAUCAACCAUUCUUGUUCUAUGGCUUGAAGAUUUGCCCAAUGAAAACAGUUCUGACCAAUCACAAUUCAUCCCAGAUUCAUAUGUUCAAGUAUGGACGGUAGGAAACUAUCACUGGUACCUCAAACAAAGCCUUCACUUCUCCGCCAGUCAGAGAGUGACUGCCCUGACCUUUGACCCUGAGCAUGCCAAUCAGCUUCAUCUGCUGAAUAGCGCAGGUCAGUACCUGAGAUACAGCUGGACCUGGCAGACGACCAACAGUAGAGGGCUGGAUGAGGACGAUCAGGCUGUCACUGCGGUCAUUGAUGGAAAGGAUAUAUUAGUGACACCUUUCAAGAAGAUGAUAGUGCCCCCACCCAUAUCAGCCUACACAUUGAUGAUGCCAACAUUUGUCAAUCAAGUGGUCUUUGCUCCGCCCCCGCAUAGCAACAACAUGGCAGUAGUGCUGCAGGACGGCCGUAUCGCAUUCUACACACACAAGACUGAUGGUGAAGAGGAUAAAGAUGAUGCUUCGGUCAAACUGGUUGCAGCUGGUGGAAAUGGAUUUAAAUCUAUGGUAUCCCCUCCCAAGCUCAGAGGAAUGGCAAGGAUUAUUGAUGAAUCAGGUAAUCCAGUAUCUUUGGAUCUGCCGUUUCAUCUUCAUCAUUUCAUGUGGAUCAGUGCUGACUGCCUGGUUGCAGUGUCGUACAAUGAUGAGGACUGUGUCAGCUCAUUACAUCAUAUCAAAUGUUUGGGACUGGGAACUGCUGAAUUAAAAUUGGUGUGCAAUCAAGAAGAAAGUCAGCCGAUAUUCGGUGAGGUUGUCUCGGUCAGUUGCCGUGGUGAUGACGGCUCACUGGCAAUCCAGUUAGAUGAUGGAACAGUAGUGGAUGACAACAAUGAAUUCAUCACCAAAUUGCCCCAACGAUGCUCACAUGUCGCUGUUUGUAAAUUGGCUGGCCAGGAAGCAAUUCUGGGGCUAACCGAGCGGUAUCGUUUCUAUGUCAACGAGAUGGAGAUUGCAUCCAACGUCACUUCAUUUGCAAUAACUAAUGAGUUUUUAGUCCUCACUACUCACAGCCACACUUGUCGUUGUAUCAGCCUGGAUACCAAAUUAGAGGAUCUAGCAAACUUGAGCGAAGGCAAGGCGGUCUCCCUGGACGAGAGCUUGAGGAGGGUGGAGCGAGGAUCCCGCAUCGUCACGGCGAUAGCGUCCGACACCCGCCUGGUGCUCCAGAUGCCCAGGGGGAACCUGGAGACGAUCCACCCCAGAGCUCUGGUGCUUGCAUCCAUCAAGAGAUGCCUGGAUGCCCUGAAGUACAAGGAAGCCUUCACGGUGAUGAGGCGUCAUAGGAUCGACAUGAAUCUCAUCGUAGACCAUAACCCCCAGCUUCUCCUGAACAACAUAGAUGCUCUGGUCACCCAGCUAGAUGACUCCACCAGCCUCAAUCUCAUUCUAAUGGACCUGAAAGAGGAGAGUGUUACUAAGACCAUGUAUGCUGCAGCCUACCACACCCCUGCCCCGCCCUUCGUCCUGGGGGCGGGGCAAACCAGUAAGGUGGAUGUGAUCUGCGAUGCCAUCAUGGAGAGUCUACAAAGACUGAAUCCAAAUAGAUACUUCUUAUCAGUCCUUGCCUGCCAUGCCAAGAAGACCAAACCCGAGCUCGAGAAGGCCUUAGAAAGGAUCAAAGUUAGGCAAGGUUCAGGGUCAAGCGAGGAGACCGAUUGUCCUACAGCAGACGAGGCUCUCCGGUAUCUCCUGUACCUAGUGGAUGUCAAUGAACUCUACAACGUUGCUCUUGGAACCUAUGACUUUGAUCUUGUCCUCAUGGUUGCUGAUAAAUCACAAAAGGACCCUAAGGAGUACUUACCAUUUUUGAACCAGCUAAGGAAUAUGGACCCAGACUACCAGCGCUACUCCAUAGACAAGCACCUCAAGCGAUAUGUGAAGGCUCUGGGACACGUGAGCCGGUGUCCUGACCACUUCUCAGAGUGUCUGGAUCUUGUCAGAGAACAGAGACUCUACCCUGAGGCAUUGAAGCUGUUCAAGAGAGGGGAUCACCAAUACAAGGCCGUUGCACAAAUCUACGGGGAGUACCUUCAGGAGAAGAACCGCUACUUGGAGGCUGCCCUCAUGUACGAGAUGUGUGACAACCUCCAGGGGGCGCUGGAGAUGUACCAGAAAUGCAGCAAUUGGCAAGAGGUGUUCUCUCUCACUGCUCGACUAAAAUACAGUACUGGGGAUGAGAUGGAGUUGGCCAGGAAAAUAGCAGGUCAGCUGGCAAGUAAUAGAAGGCACUCGGAAGCAGCAGUUGUCCUGAUAGAGUAUGCCAAUGAUCUUGAAGAAGCCAUUACAACUUUGGUGGAUGGUGCACAUUGGGAAGAGGCUCUAAGAUUGAUGUACAAGCACAAGAGGACUGACUUCAUUGAAACAACUUUGAAACCUGCCCUUGUUGAGAAUUACGAGAGCAAGAUCGACAGUCUGGCAAACUAUCACUCCACAUUCGAGCGUCACAAGUCCCGCCUCGCCGUCGUCAGGGAAACAAAAGCCCGUCAGCUGCAGGAGAUGAUGGACGGAGAAGGUGACCUGAAUGACCUAGAUGCUGACCUUUACUCCGAUGCCAGUAGCAUGAUGGGAAGUGUGGCUCGGAGUGAGACGGGAAGUAUAGGCAGCACCGGGUCAACGCUGAGUGCGUAUACAGCGUAUUCUGAGGGAAGGGCAAAGAAAGGAGGUCGGGCUGGUAAGAACCGGAGGAAAGGAGAACGGAAGAAGAAUAGUCUCAAGGAAGGAAGUCGAAAUGAAGAUAUCGCUCUCAUGGAAGCUAUGUCCCUCAUCAUGAAGAAUGUUGAUAGUUUGAGAGCUGACGUUGGUGUCCUCCUUCGAAUGUUGAUCAAGUUCAACCAUGAGAUCGAGGCUGAAGCUCUCCAGAAUGACCUGCAGUCCCUACUCAAACUACUCCAGACCUCUGUCGAUGAAAUCUGGCCUACCCAGUCCACGGAUGACCAGACCUCGCAGGUAUAUGGACCACGAGCUACAACAAACAGUAUUGUUGCAAGUUUGACUCAGCUAGGCGGGCCACAGAGGUCAUUCACCAGGGAUGAAAUGACCUGUUUAGUACCACCUAAGCUGUCAGAAGAUCAGAAAUGGAAGCUGCAUCUAUUGGAGUCCAGAUGAUGAUAAUAUCAGAUGCAUAUUUAGAGCGCACAAAGUACCGGUAUUGAACAUGGUUUCUGCACACUUCCCCUGAGGAAUAUUGCAAUGUAUAUCAUACAGCAUGCAAGUAGGAUUUAAAGUGCGAUUUUAAGUCACAUCUAUAUCUCUGUAUAGCACACUCGUGAAGUGGAGAAAAAAAUGAAUAAAUAAUUAACAUAGGAUUUGUAUAACGCACAUAUCCAUCUUGUUAGGUGAUCAACGGGCUCAUAUGUAACCCCUGCUAAGCUAGUCUACCAAUUCCAGUGCUCACAGCUUUUUUGAGGAUUUACUUCCUGCGGGUACCCAUUUACCUCACCUGUGUUGAGAGCAGCACAAUCUGGGUAAUUGAGGUGUUGAAUGAAAAUGAUAUUUCCGAACUGUCAGUGGUAAGAGGAAAUCAAAGUAUCUCAUUCCUUCAUUAUCAUUUAGACAGUUUGAUAAACUUAAACUGUAAAUUUAAUUAACAUGCUAUACAUGUAAUUAGAAAAUCUUGUAAGU